AUGAGUAAAAAGUGUGCUCGUUGCGAAAAAACAGUUUAUCCAAUAGAAGAGCUUAAGUGCCUGGACAAGAUAUGGCACAAGUCGUGUUUCAAAUGCGACGAGUGCGGAAUGGUGCUGAACAUGAAGACCUACAAGGGCUUCAACAAGCUGCCAUACUGCAACGCCCACACACCCGUUGCACGUGCUACGACCGUCGCCGACACACCGGAGAAUCGCCGCCUGGCUGAAAACACCAAAAUUCAAAGUCAGGUGAAGUACCACGCUGAUUUUGAGCAGCAAAAGGGAAAGGUAACUCAGGUGGCUGACGAUCCGGAGACGCUGCGAAUUCGCAACACCUCGAAGAUAAUCAGCAACGUCACCUAUCAUGGCGACUACGAGAAGAAGAAGCAGAUGGAGCAGAGGCGAAAUCUACUUGAGAACGAGAACGGCAACAUCCCUCCGAUGUAUAUUCCGGUGGACAAGGCCGCAACGAAGAGCAUGACAGCCUUUGUCAAUAACAACAACAACAACAAUGUCCCUGCAGCGCCUCAGCAGCCAGUGCUCAAGAACACCGCCAUUGAUUAUCACCAAAGAAAUGCUGCUCCCUACGGCGCCUAUGGCAACAAUAAUGGCAAUCCAGCGAUAUGUAAACUCGCAAAUUGCCCCGCAAAUGGCCCCUCAGCAAUACCAUCACCAGCCACCACCCCAGCAGCAACAGCAGCCCCAGUAUCACCAACAGCCACCGAUGCAGCCUCAGCAUCAGCAACACCUUCCUCAGCACCAUCAGCAGCCUCCGAUGCAGCCGCAGCAGCAAGCACAACAGCUAAGCCAUGA